GCCGCGCAUUGUGUUGCCGCUUGUUGCUGGUCUAUGUAUCUCGUGUGCGGGUGUCAACGGGUGUGCAGUGCGCGUAAUAAGCGCAUCGACAAAUCUACACAAUAAUCCAGCAGUGCGGUCCCAACCAGUGCCGAUAUUCCCGCUUCCGUGCGGUGCGUGCUGCAUAGAAUCGUGUAGUCUUUACGUAUCGUGCUGUUGCAUUCAUCACAGUGAGAUUACGAUUAUGUUUGCUGAUAUUGAGGCGAAAUCUUCGUCGCCGUCGAGGAAACUAGCUGACAAAAACAGCGCCGCGACCAUCGACAAUCGAUCAUGCACUAGGCCUACGUCAAGGUUUUUGUGAAUUGCGUUAUUUUGGUUUUGCAUGUGAAGCCUAUGUGCCGGGAGCAACUCUUGUUCUUCGAUUUUAUUGGUGUGCAUUUUUGAGAUUGUACAGGCAGAAUGACAAAUUCUCAGUUAUGGUUUCGCGGCGUUCGCAGCUCCAAGUUUCGGCACGUCUACGGAGAGCCUGCGAAGCGCGAGAAAUGCUACGAGAAUAUUCAAAUAACGAAGAAUGCGCACGAUUCGCAAUUCUGUGCAGUCAAUCCGAAGUUCAUCGCUAUCGUCACCGAAGUUGCCGGUGGCGGAGCAUUCGUUGUACUGCCCCUAGAUUGUACUGGUCGAUUGGAUUUUAACGCCAGUCGAGUAACCGGACAUCGUGGUGCCGUCUUAGACAUAAAAUGGAAUCCUUUCAACGACAACGUAAUUGCGUCGUGCUCGGACGACUGCACCAUCAAAUUAUGGCACAUUCCUGACGCCGGCCUUUCAACACAUCUUACCGACUGGCUGGUUGAGUUGGUUGGACAUAAACGACGCGUUUCAUACAUCGAAUGGCAUCCGACAGCUGAAAACAUCUUGUUCAGCGCUGGUUUCGAUCACUUGGUGAUUGUUUGGGACAUAGAGAAAGGCAACGCCGUUAACAUGAUCAACUGCCAUCCAGAUGUUAUCUAUUGUAUGGCGCUGAAUCGCGAUGGAAGUUUGUUAGCAACGACCUGUAAGGAUAAGAAGCUGCGAAUUAUCGAACCGCGCAGCGGUCAAGUGAAAGCUGAGGGCAUCUGUCACGCUGGUUCCAAAGCAAGUAAAGUAACAUUCCUCGGCACAUCUGGUAGACUGCUCACAACAGGCUUUUCGCGACAUUCCGACCGACAGUAUUCGGUGUGGGACCAAACCAACUUGUCGCAACCCCUUACUGUAGACACCAUAGACAGCUCAUCAGGGGUUGUCUUCCCAUACUACGAUCAUGACACCAACAUUGUGUAUCUCGCCGGAAAAGGGGACGGAAACAUUCGUUAUUAUGAAAUUGUCAACGAAGCGCCCUAUAUUUUCUUUUUAAAUCAGUUUUUAUCAGGCAAUCCGCAGCGUGGUUUAGGCUUUAUGCCAAAACGCGGCAUGAAGACCAGUCAAUGCGAAGUGUUUCGUUUCUAUAAGUUACAUGCGACGAAAGGUGUUUGCGAACCGAUCUGCAUGAUUGUCCCGCGGAAAAGCGAUCAGUUUCAUGAGGAUCUUUAUCCUGACACGGCUGCGGCGAAACCCGCAUUAUCCGCACAGGAAUGGAUUGGUGGGCGAGACGCAAUGCCAUUACUAAUGUCCUUGCGUACUGGGGAAAGUGUCACAACAUGUAAACCACGAGUGUUCAAACCGUUGACGCCGACCAUCGAAACGCCGCCGGUGGUCAUACCGGUUUCGUUAGAAAACAACAAGAAAAAGUUCGCUUUUCUUUCCAUGGAAACCAUUCCAGAUUAUAGAUCUAAAGACACUAUCAACGAAAAGAACAAUAAGACUUCCACCAACCAAAGUACCAAAUUUCAUCAAUUGCAACAGAUGUUUGGUAAUAUUCACAAUAACAGGGAAAAUCUCAACGAUGACAUGCCGUUGAUAAAGCAAAUAAACACAAUUGGCGAUAAUAUAAACACUGAAAACGACUUAAAGAGAGCGUACAAGGCGCAGGGCGAGGAACUGCGGUUGGUGAAAAAGCAACUGGCGAAUAGUGAAAUUCGCGUUAAAGAGUUGGAAGAUCAAAUUAGAAGAUUGCAGCAGCAUUUGUGAUCCGACACGAUCCAGUGCUUCCAACUAGAUUCACAGCUUUAAUAUUUGUAUUUAUUAUGUGUGUAAUCAAUUAAGUUUAAGUUCAAUUUACGUGUUACCAAAUCAUUUAAGCUUAUGACAUUGCGUUGUAUAUUCUGUUUCAUGAUCUCUACUGCACAAACGGUUAUGGGCUGUUUUUUUUUGGUUCUUUGCGGAUUAUCAUGACGCGCUAAAUGAUAGAUUUUAUGAAAUUUACCAGUGAAAACUGUCAAAUUGUGUUUUCUUUGUUAUACAUAUUCUAUAUUUAUAUAUACGAUGGAAAUAUUCGAACAGUAAAGUAGUGCGUGUUGAGAAACAUUCAAAAUAGUUACAAUGUAUUACUCUAUGAUUGUUAGAGCAAUAGACAUAGGAAAAAGUUGAAUGUAUUUUGUUGCUAGAUGAUAUUUGUUAGAAUAACUAGUUGACUAUGUAUUGUUUUUAUAAAAUUUGACAACAAUUAAAUCUAAUAUGACCAAGA